AUGCCAGGAAAAAUCGUCAUUCGUCCAUCGGGAGAACGCGGUCAUGCCAAUCACGGGUGGCUCGACACGCAUCAUACAUUCUCAUUCGCAUCGUAUUACGAUCAUCAAUAUGAUGGAUUUGGGAGAUUACGAGUUCUGAAUGAAGAUAUCGUCCAACCAAAGACUGGAUUCGGAACGCAUCCGCACAGAGAAUACGAAAUAUUUUCGUACAUUAUUAGUGGAGAAUUAGAGCAUCGAGAUUCAAUGGGCAACGUAGAGAUCUUAAAGCGUGGCGACCUACAACUAACGGUAGCCGGCACUGGCAUUACUCAUUCCGAAUAUAAUCAAAACCCGUCACUUCCCGUCCAUUUCUUGCAAAUCUGGGUGAAACCCGAUAACCCUAGACUGACACCGGAAUAUCACACCAAGAAUUUUUCCGAUAAGCAGAAACUGAAUUCUGUUCUCCACAUAAUUUCGCCUGUUGACUCACUUGACGAAAAUACCAUUGGCAUCCAUUCAGAUUUUCAUUUUUACGCGAGUCUGCUUGAACCUGAACAGUCGGUUGUUUAUAAAGCUAACGGUGAACAAGAUGACGAGAGAAAGAUCUAUAUACACAACACAGGAACGGGAGGUGUAAUUAAAGUCAACGAAGAGACGGUAUUGAACGAAGGCGAUGGUGCUUUUGUGACCGAGAUUAAAGGAAGUGAAGAGCUAGUAUUCGAGAGCGUUGGGGAUAAGACGGCUGAGUUUGUAAUUAUUGAUCUUGCUUAG